CUCUGCCUCUCCCAACUCAAUCCACGAUUCCAAUUAUUGAACUCUCUCUAAUUUACUUUAAUCACCAAAAAAAGUCUUUCUAGAAGUCAUUUUUACUUUCUACCACCACCUUUUGUGUCUUGAAAACAUGACUAUUGCUUUAACGAUCGGAGGAAACGGGUUCUCGGGUUUAUCCGGAUCUUCGUUUUCAUCAUCUUCUUCAUCGUUUCGACUGAAGAACAGCAGAAGAAAAGACACGAAGAUGCUGAACAGAACAAGAGUCGUCUGUUCUUCAUCUUCAGUAAUGGAUCCUUAUAAAACACUACAGAUCCGACCCGAUUCAUCAGAAUACGAGGUCAAGCAAGCUUUCAGACAACUCGCCAAAAAGUAUCAUCCUGAUGUUUGUAGAGGAAACAACUGUGGAGUACAGUUUCAGACAAUCAACGAAGCUUACGAUAUUGUGUUGAAGCAAAUAAAGAAUCAGAUGGAGGGAACAGAGGAAUUUGAGCCAUUUGAUGUGUAUGACGAGGGAUUCAACGGAAUGAAUGAUCCAGAUUGUGACACGUGGGAAGAAUGGAUGGGCUGGGAAGGUGCAGGAACCAGAGACUACUCCUCUCACGUCAAUCCUUACGCUUGAAGAUGAAGUAAUGAUUCGAAUGCACAUAAAUAACCAACAUAGAGACUGAUGUAAAUACAUGAAACUGUCUCGUGAAUAAAAAUGUAAAUAAAAAGUCAUUUCUCUCCUUCAUUGUAAAUCUCAACCUUAAGCUUAAAUGAAAAUCAUCUCAAUAUA